CUUGUGUACGUCGCACGCAGCACAUCUGGGGGUUUGGCACGCAGGGCAGUACUCCACUAGCAAUGUCAUUCCUGAAGCGUUGCAAUGGCACUAAAGAAGCGUUUCGUGAGCUGCUGCUUCGUCUUGAUCAGGCCAGCGACCUACGCAUACCCAAACCCACACGACCACCUUCUUCUUUUUCGGCUUCGGGCCCUGCAAUUGCACUCGUCAAUUGCUCAACGUUCUGGUUUUGAUAGGGGGGGGCGGAGGGUAGUCAAAUCAUACCAUUGCGCCUGGAAUUCAAUGGAUCAACCCCUACAAACUCGGGGAAACUUCCUGAUAAGAUCGAAUUGACAAAUUAACAAUUCUUUAAAGGAUUGAGCCUGGCGGUGUGUGCCGAAAAGGCAAAGAGGGAUUGUUGAGACGGGACACUACUGUACAAC